GGGUAAGCGGAUUCAGCGCUCCUCCGUGGACGUGGCGGUAGCCUUGGGGGACUGGUUCUCGGGCAACUUUCGCAUGAUUAUUAAUGCGAGGCAAACGGCGCAGACAUUCAUGCGGGAGCGCGCCGCGCAAGCAGCCAUGCCUCCUGCCGCGCUGGCGUCCAUCGAGAAGAUUGUCGGCCCAGCGGUGUGCGCGAGGGUGAAUCUCAUGGCGACCCUCCGCAACAUCGCCAAGAAUUGGGACUUCAAGGCCUUCGCCCAGAAUCCAUGCACGACGGAGGUCCAGAUCCACGCCGUGCACGUGGACCUCAUCAUCUGGACCAUAAUGGGCUUCCUCGCAGUGGGCCCUGGGCGCGCGACCCUCGCAGCGCACAAGCGGGACAGCGAGAGCUUCGUCAAGGCGUGCAACAGGAUGCUGGACUGGGACCCGGACGUAUCCAUGGAGGAGUUGCGGCAGAUUGUGCCAGAAGCUGACGAGGAUACG